UAAACGGAAGCGAUGCUGCGUCCAAGCAGAGCCCAAACGGGAGAAAAUUGGACGGUAAUCGGUAAUGGCAGCUCCGUGAACUUUUCCAAGUUUUUCCGAAGUUUGACAGGUGAAUUAUCGGGCCCAACGGUAUGAUCAAGCAUGGUAUUCCUAAGGUUCUUCGGAAAGGGCCACGAGAACAUUAUAUAAUUCAUUAACCGUACACUAGAUGUCGGCCGUCCGCGGGCUCCUAUAUUGAUCAAGUUAGAUCUUAUGAACACGCGCGCCGAUAAGAUUUCGCAAAUUGAUCAGUUCGGCGUAAUUCCUAUCGCGACGCGAACUGCCCGCGCGACGGGACAACGCGACUCCGUCCGAUGUUAGUGCUACGUCGUAAUAGCUUCCUUAUGACGUCACUCGCGGGUUGCACAAGCGUCAUCGGACAGUCUAUUGUAGAGAAUUUAGCGGAACGAGAUAAAGCUUGAUUUUGAUCGAGUCCUGUUCCGUGUGCGAGUGACAAACGUCCCGACGAGUGAACAACGAGGGCGUAUGAUCGAAAUACGUUUCGUGGCGGCUGGACCAAGACUUGUCGCCCCUCUUAUGUCAAUUCGCCCACCGAGAAGCCUGUCGUGAAGCAGGCGUCUUGAUAACUCCAAGAAAAUAUUGCCCUCACAAGUACAAACGAAUCUACCGAUAUGUCGAUGCAACAGUUCUGUUUGCGGUGGAACAACCAUCAGCCAAACUUUAUCUCAGUUUUCUCAAAUUUAUUGAAUAACGAGACAUUAGUGGAUGUUACGCUCGCGGCCGAAGGUAGACACCUUCAGGCACAUAAAGUUGUUCUGUCGGCGUGUAGUACAUAUUUUCAGUCACUGUUCACCGUCAAUCCUUGUCAACACCCAAUUGUAAUCCUAAAGGAUGUAAAGUUCUCCGAUCUCAAGAUCAUGGUAGAUUUUAUGUAUUAUGGAGAGGUUAAUGUUUCCCAGGAUCAGCUACCGUCGAUUAUAAAGACCGCGGAGAGUUUAAAGAUUAAGGGAUUGGCAGAAAUGCACACCGCUUCGUUAACAAAAUGGCCAAGUGGUAGCAGCGAACCCGGAGGAGGAGAGCGCGGUGAGUCUUGCUCGCCUGCUCCCUCUCCUUUAUCGCCAUCCUUCCGCAGGAAACGGCUAAGGAAAUCAUCGACUGGUUCUACGUCUGGCUCUGGUGAUAAACCAGAUGAGGUGAACGAGAUAACAUUAGUAGCUACCAAUGUUGUAAAGCCGGAACCGUUAAUUAUAUCACAAGAAAGUGGCGAAAAUUUGAGGCGGCCAUUGAAUACGAGCACGGAAUCUCAAGGCAGCAUCGACGAGGACCAAAUAUCGAUUAUGAGCAAUAUGGAAAGUAGUGCAGCUACGACACCGGCACAAACAGAGGCAUCGUUACAAGACGUUAGUCAAUCCGGAGGAAAUAUCGGACAGAGUUCCGUCUCGUCUCAACCACCGGCUCACCAAGGAUUGCAAUGGACAAUCAUGGAGCACACGUACCCACGUUUCGCUCUGUCCUCGUGUCAAACGAAUCUGUCGAUCCAAGCGUCCUCGGCGUUCACGACGUCCGAAAUAACGGCCUCGUCGACGAUCAGCGAGCAGUACUCGGGCACCAGCACCACCGGCUCGAGCUGCGCCCUGACGAGCUACCCGAACUCGUCCCACGGAAGCCUCCAGCACGCCUCCUCGAGCGGGCCUUCCCCGUCGGCCCAGUGCCCGAGCAGCUGCCAGAGCCCCUGCGCCAGCCCCCAGACCGCCAUCAAGAGGAAGAGGUCGACCAAUCCCCAGGCCGACGAGAACUUCAUCAGGGCCCUCGACGCCGUGAGGUACGGCGGCAUCGGGUUCUGCAAGGCGGCCAGGAUGUUCGGCGUCAACAACCGGACCCUCUGGCUGGAGUACAAGAAGAGGGGCUAUCCGAACAAUCGGCCCAGUCUCAAGUCCAGGGUCAAGCAGGAGGUCAACUCCUCGCCCCCGCCCGCGUCGUCGACCUCGCAGCCCGUCAACCCCCAGAGCCCGACGCCCAUGGGGCCCCCGACCACUCCGCACAGCACGCACAAUACCCACAGCACGCACACCAUGCUCACCACGCACAGCCCUCACGCCAUGCUGAGCGGAUACAUAGACAGCAGGCACACGGACUACGCCCUGCCCUCGGCCACCAUGCCCAUCAAUCUGCACGGCGUUAAUUACAAUUCGAUGUGAGCGAAGCUAUGCUCGGACGACCACCUCUAUCGAUACGCGUAACCGCUCCUGCUCUUUUAUUUCCGCAAGUUGGAUCGCCCGAUUUUCAUUUUUACCGCGUAGCCGAAAAUAGGAAACUUUGGCGCCGCCUUCCUUUACAUUUUAGAUCUUUGCCCUAUAGUCGUGGAUGUAAUAGGGAUUCGUUGAUCCAAUUCUUGCAUCGACGGUAGGAAAUUUUACGAACGCUCUCGGUGGUCUUUGACCGGAUCUCAUGUUGGCAGGAAAGGAAUCUUACGUUCGCCAUUGUAUCAUUGUAUUAUUAAGGUGAUACGUCGUCGUACUCUUGUGCGUUUUCAUUUUAAUGCCGGUAAUGUAUUUUAUCGAAGUCCAAACUCGAAUCCGGAAUCGUCGGCGUUGACAAAAAAUUAUUCUAUUCGUAUAAAUCUGUACCGCUUAAAGAAGUUAAACUUAGGAUUUAAGUGCAGCCGGAUAUAUGCGACUCUCGAGGUAUUACGCGCAGGCAUAGGAUUUCAUAGAAGAAGGCAUAGAAGUGAAGAAAAUUUCAUAUCGCUUUACUUCUCUUUAUAGGUCGUACGUUUUUAUUUGUAUCCUAUUCGAAACGGUUCUUAAUGGGUCGUUCGACAAAUUCUUUAAGAUUUGACGUCGGUUCAGUUUUUCUUUUCUUCUCGAGGUGAUAGCGCUAUCGGUGUCAAUGAUCUUUUCAUUCUUAUCGUUACGUCUUUCGUUUCUACCGAGUGAAUUAGUCACCUGUUAAAUUGCACAAAAUAGUUAAUGUAUUUUAUCGAAGUGCCGUUAGGUUGACCGAACGAUGUAGUUACUCGGUUGGCUACGCUUCCGUAGGAAGGCAUCUACGUAGAAUUUAUCGUGCAUUUUAACGUUGAGGUUUCGUUUCGUUCCACGGCUUCCAUUAGUACGCGUAAGAUUUAACCCUAGUUCCGUGUACGCGAUCACCCCCUUUUCGAGACAAUUUUCACCGCCGAUACAUCGUAUAAAUGUAAAGUAUAUCGAAGUGUUGAGAUUACGCCGCGAUCGAGACGAUUUCAUUUUAGUUAAGCGUAUUCCGCGGGUACGCUCUUCUUUAUUUCUGACUUUAUUUUAAUCCAUAGUAUUCUCACCUAACCCGAAAGUUAGGUGUCGAUGUUACCUCUAUGGGACAUCCGCGAUAUUUUUAAUGCACGUGCUAAUAGGAAUCUUCGAAGGUAAAAAGUCGAGCCGAUUUUUACCGAUGCCCAGUUAACGUCGUCAAUUUUUAUACAUUCUCUGGAUUCACAGUUCCUGAAAUACUACGAGACGCUAUAUAAUUGAAUCGGUAACUCACUAACGGGUCUUACCGGUCUUACCGGUCUUACCUUGCACACCCUUUAAGGAUCAUUUGUCACGUAGAUUUAAAACGAGAGUAUGUCGAUUAAUGUACGAAGACACGACGCUUUAUCAUGAAUUUGCUUCUCAAUACUCGACUAGACUAUGAUAUUCAAAUUUGAGGUAAACUAGUGGUUUCGCGUGUCCGUUAAGUUCCCGUCACCGUUUUGUAAUGCCACGUCAGGAAGUCGUUAAAAAGAGACACUCCCUGUACUAGCACGAAUCCAAUUUCCGUACUUAAAAUAUUAUAUAUAAUUUUUCCUGUUAAGUGACAUACGGUGUCGCGAGAUCGUCCGAUUUCAAUUGACAAUUGUUUAAAGUGGAUGUUGCGUUGUUGUUUCGACAAUACGGAGUCUUUUAAAUGCACAGUAGAAGCCCAAUUAUUGCAAUGCACCCAGUUCGCGGCUACAAAUUUCGAAACUCAGGCUACGCGGUAAUCUCGCCUCGAUGUUAAUUUAGUCCACAAUGUUGCAAACGCUUUCAGGUAUUUUUAUUUCUAAGAAUCUUAGACCGAUGGAAUUGGUACAGAACUAGCAAUAACUGAGCUUCCAUUGUAUAGUCACGUUGAAUGAAUUCCGUAUAAUUAGUACGUGCAAGGGGCAUACUAAUUACCGAGAUAUCGUUACGUAAUUACAUCGUUAUCACUCCUUUCCUUAGGACGUUUAGCCUGGUGCUGAAUGCCGAAUUAAUUUCUGUAAAUUCAUUCGUGCGAGAACAAGCGAAAUUACGUAGCCGUGUCGUCGACGAGACGAGACGACGAGAAACUUUUAUUAUAGAACGAGUUAUAAUAAAGGAAGGAAUGUAAGUAAAUUAAUUGUACUUAAUUCGGACGUGCUAGGAUCCUGCAUACACGAAGGUGCGUCUUUAAUUGUAAUUGCAAUUAAUGGUUGACAAUGUUCUCGAGCAAUUCCUUACAUCGUCGAAACGGUAUACAAGAAGCAUGACCAUUGUCGGAUAUAUUAAGAAAUAUAAUAAUUCCGUACCUUGUUUCACGGUUAUUUAUUACAAAGAGGUAAAAUGUAACCGACACUACGGAUAUGAAUUAUAACAAUAAACCAAAAAGACUUAAAAUAUA